AUGGUGAAAAGAGGUCGGCCAUCCUCGAAGCAAUCGGACCACUCGAUCGCCUCAAAAAGAGCCAAAGACUCUCUCCCGCUCCUGCGGAAAAAGAAAGCAUGCGAGAAGAUACACUGUCCGUGCAAGGAACCUGUCUGUUUCGCUCAAGCGUCAGAAAGAUGCACCGGAAGCUUCUGGACACCUCGGUGGUAUCACCUGAGUGAAGAUGAGCAUUACUGCACCGAGUGUUCCGAACAUUUCUAUAAAAACAACAGACCAGGGUACACGGUUUACAACUUGUGGGGAGACUUCUGGAUGCGCGACUAUAAGGGAGAGGCCGCCAUACGCUUGUUUAUGGCCGAUCAAGUUCUGCCUUUCUGGGUGCAGUGCACAUUAUGCGAAAAAUGGAGACUUCUGCCAUCGGAUCAAGACCUGACGCCCGAUCUCAUCAACGAUUUCACCUGCGAUCAGAUCUACGCGAGUUCCGGGCCUCCCUGUGACCAACCCGAAGCAACGGAGGCUCAAAACGCCGUUCUUCCGCAUUGGAUUAAUACUCUAUCCUUAGCACCGAUGCUGAAAGCCAGUCCUGCGUUUCCUCUUUUGACGAAUUACAGCCCGGUCGCUCUCGGGAUGACAGCAUCGAAGCUCGAAUACCUCUCUGAAGGCUUAACAGAGAAAUAUCUGGAGCUCCAGAAGCAGGUGGAAGAAGCUCGUAAAUCGCGAAAAUCGUUCUGUCCGGGUUUCCUCGACGCGGACGAUAAUCAGUUGGAUCUGAUAAAACAGGAACUGACGCAUCCGUUUCUCGACGUUGGAGAAGAGCACAUCGCGCUAGCGAUGCGACCCGACGCCAUGGAAGAGCAUGAAAAACUCAUCUUCUCAGAGUACUCGAAAGAGCAGGCCAUGUACCUUUGUCUCCGGAACGUGAUCUACACACUGUGGAUGAGAGACCCAACCCGAUGGUUAACGAUACAGGAAGUCGCCAAGAACCUUUUAUGUAGAGGAUUGUCGAGAAUCAGAUGCGUGUACGAGGCUCAACGGGUACUGCACCACCUGACACAGCGAGGUAUCGUCAACCACGGUCAUUUGAUACCGCCUCCGGAGCUCCCUCGCUUACCGCCCACCAGGGUUAUCGUCGUGGGGGGAGGUGUCAGCGGUCUCGCUGCUGGGAGGCAUCUGAGCAAUCUAGGGAUGAAGAUCACAGUUUUAGAAGCAUGUAAUCGAAUCGGCGGCCGCGUGCAGUGCUUGAAAAAUCCCGAUGAUGGUUUGACGAUAUGUUCUGGAGCCGACCGCGUUAUUGGCGUGAUCAAUAAUCCCAUAGCAUCUCUAGCCUUCCAAUGUGGGGUAAAUCUCCAACUGCAAGAUGAAACUCAAAUGAUACUCCAACCAGGGGGUACAAUCGUAGAUCCAGCAUCGGACGAGGUCGUAGACGAUCUGUUCGGUUCGGCUAUCAAUUCUAUCACUGAAUGGAGGCAGAAUCUCGAUUUCCAUUCGGCUAAACAGAGCCAAAACAAAAAAUCCAGCGCGGCGCAGCUCGCGUCGGCUCAAGCGGACCGGGACGAGAGCCUCGAAGCCAAGCUGGAAGAGACUCUGAAGCAGCUGAGCCUCAACAAGACGCUGACGAAAGACGAAGUCCAGGUCCUAGAGUCCUACAAGGCACUGCUGGAAAUCUGUCAUGGCACAUCAUUGUCCAACAUCUCGGCGAAAAUGUCCGUGCAAACAGCUUUCAGCUCACAGUUUUCGGGUCGUUCGGCCAUGGUACCCGGCGGGAUAGGACCGCUUCUGGAGGACCUCUCCUCGGGACUCGAAGUUCGACUUGGUUGUGAAGUUGAGUCGAUCAGACUCGUGGAUUCGGACGAAUGCAGAGCUCGGGUGAAGAUCACCGCUGAGAAUGGAUGCAAGGAGGAUAUUGAUGCCGACUAUGUUGUGGUGGCUGUUCCCUUGCAUGUGCUGCAAAAAGACAAAAUCAAGUUCGAGCCGAAUCUGCCCGCGGGGCAAAUCGACUUCAUCAAUCAGUUCGGAUGCGGAAUGGUGGAGCAGAUCAUUGCCGAGUUCCCUCACAGUUUCUGGCGUCCCUCGAAUGAGGAGCAUCGAUGUCGUCUAAUCAUGCGAACCAUUGAUAGCCAGGGCGAUGACGAGCGUGGUCUCUUCCCGUUUUUCGUUGAUGUAUCCGCUUACGACAAAGACGGCGUCGAACGCUUUCUUCUCAAAAGCUACAUAGUCGGAGCCACGGCGAAGAAGAUGAAGUCGCUCCCGGAAGCCGAUGUAGUUUCAGAGUACAUUCGCGUAUUGCGGAAGUACUUCGGGGAGAUACCUGAACCUCUUCAGAACGUCGUUUCGAAUUUCGCAUCGAACGACCACAUUGGCAUGGCAUACACCUAUCCUAAGGUGGUUCCGAACAACGAGGACCUCCGAACAACCUGUGAUCCCGUCAUAGAUAACACUGUGUUCUUCGCAGGGGAACAUUUCAGUCAAAACUUCAGCAGAACUUUAGCCGGAGCUUAUCUAAGCGGACUCGACGCCGCUGCGCGAAUAGUUCACCGCUCAUUGUACGGAGACGAUGUUCCCUUUAUUCAGAGCGGGAUAUGAGAGCCCUAUGAAUAUAAUGUGAAGUCGUCCAAACUCUGGAAUCUAACUUAUCGUUUGCGAAAGACAUGUAAAUACUAUUCGACGUAUUUAGCUUGUAUAUGUUAAGAGGGGAAAGAACUGCCGAGCUCGAUGGCCGCGAGGAGUCUCGAGGAACGGUGGAGCUCAGGCGACGAUCGUCCUUGGAUCUGGGAGAGAUGCCAGUACAUCGCCGGAGGAAUCGCUCUCGGUUCUA